UUUGAACGUACAGCGGGGAAACGGACCGUCAUUGUGCUCGUGCUAGCUCAGGUUUAACUCGGCUAAAAUGUCACAGUCUACACAAUUUUAGAAAAGCUUCAUUUUAUAACGAAGGACUGAGCCGCAAUUUAACGUGUUUGUUUUGGGAUCCUUAUGACGACAAAAUGCCCAUCCGAGCAUAUUGCACAAUUUGUUCUGAUUUCUUCGAUCACUCCAAAGAUGUUGCUGCCAUCCACUGCGGACACACUUUCCACUAUGAAUGUCUUCUCCAGUGGUUUCAGACAGCCCCUACAAAAACUUGUCCACAAUGUAGAAAACAGGUCAGCACCAGACAUAUUAUCAACAAGCUGUUCUUUGACAUUGGUGGAGAGGGGGAGAGCACAGCAGACCCUGAAAGUUUGCAGAAUGAAGUUGAUCGAAUGAAGGUGCUUUUAAGCUCUAAAGAGCGAGACUGGCGGGACAAACAGAAAAUGGUGGACAGUUUAAAGGAAACUGUGGACAAGCAGAGGAGAGACCUGGACAGUGUUCGGAAAGAGAUUAUGGAAAAGGAAAUGCUCUGUUCUGCCCUCAGAAAACAGAUGGCAUAUCUGGAGACACAGCACAAUGAAACUCAGGCUGCCAAAGACGAAGCGCGGAGGCUCAGGACCAAAAUGAAAACCUAUGAAAGCCUGGACGUGUUGCUGCAGGGCCAGAGAGCAGAGGUGGAGUCCAUGAUCACAGAUAUGGGUGUCAGCCAGGCGGCAGUGGAGCAGCUCUCAAUCUACUGCAUCUCACUCAAAAAAGAGUAUGAUAAUCUAAAAGGAAGUCUGAAGUCUUCAAAUGACAUGUGUGAGAAGAUGAAGAGAGAAGUGCUCACCUCAAACAACAAGUUACAAAAAGCCACGAUAGAGGUGAAUCAGACCAAAGAGGACAUGAGGUCUCUGCAGAACGAUCUGGCAAACGCUGACAAAGAGAUUUCUAGUCUGAAGAAGAAAGUGGAGUUUCUUCAGAGGACUCUGAGCACCCCGAACCGGACAAACGAAGCCCUCAGUCGGCUCGUCUUUGAAAGCCCGGCCCCAAUGGAGCUGAAGCACCCUCGCCUCCACGAGCCUGCAGAUUGUGAAGACAUUGACCUCAACAUUACUUAUGAUGUGACAACGCCAGAUGAUAUUGCAAAGAAACCCACGCAGUUCCAGUGCAAGAAGAUGCGGCUUGAUCCUACAGCGUCAUCUGUGUCCAAACACAACGAGAAGAGUUCAUCUUUAAGCAAGACUCGAGAUGAGGGUAGCUCCAUGGAUCCUUUUUUUAAGAACUCCCUGCUCUUCAGAAAAAAGACUUUCGGUGGCAUGUUGGACCCUCAGAGGAGGCUUGGAGCUGUGAAAACUGGUUAUGAUGGUUUAGGAGGACGUACUAAAUUCAUCCAGCCUUCCCCCCUGUCAGAGAUUCGCCCGCUGAUGAAGGCAAAAAGGAAAAAGGUAACCAGGCCUCAACCCAAGAUCGCGACAUGUCUGACUCUGGACGACUUCCUUGAGUAAGCGUUGACCUCUCCAUCCCCAGAUGUGAGACUGAGGUCAGAUUGCUGCUGCUGCUAAUGUUUGUGCUGCUCUGGCACACAGAACCAGCCUGGCAGCGGUUCUGCUACUUAGCACCAAACAGGACUCUGAUUGAACUUUAUUUAAAAGCAGUAAUGACCUGCUGUACAUUUUUUUGUGUUGACGUGAACUUGUAUAUGGAGACUGUUUGAAUCAGCGUUGUUAAUAUGUUGGGUGACUGUAUGUGUGUGCCACAAAUUUCUUUGGAGGCCAUUCAAAUAUAAUUUUUCUGUUUUUUAAUCAUUGAGUCUAAAUAGUAAUUCACACUUAUUUAAAAACCCUUCUCCUGAAACGUGGACAUACCGUAGGUAUUUUUUAGAUGUAAACCAACUCAAAUAAUAAACAAUAUUUUUUUUUAUUAAGA